CCUGCGCCAUCCAGUUCCGCUCCUAGGAAAGGAGGCCGUAUAUAAGGACCGGUUCGGCCGAUCGGCUCGCGCGUGUUGCGGUGCAGAAUCGAUGGCUUCCUACCUGAGAACGGCCAUCAUCGGUGCUCUUGUGCUGAGCUGCUCGUCGACCAACGUGGUGCGGGCAGCUACGGACACUAACCUCUACGACGUCCUCCGGCUUAUCUACACGAUGUGCUCCGCUGCCCCAGCCGACCUGGAAGUGGGCGUCAAAUGCAUGGACCACUACUUGGGCGGCAUAGGCGGCGAGACGUUGGCGGCCGCCCGCAAGUGUCUGUCGACGUCCGAGUCCCCGCUGGCCGACCUCUGCCUGCAGCACACGGAGGUGGGCACCUGGAAAGCCAACAACUCGCUACCUCCCCCAUCGCUCACCGGGAUCAUCAGCCUUUCCGGUCUCACGAAAAUGAUGUGCAUCAUGGGCGAGAGCAAGGCCAACGUCCCGAGGUGGCAGUCUGGCUUUUCUAAAUGCUUCCCGAAAGAAGAGGAUUGGCUGGCAUCACGAAAAGCACUGUGGUUUAUUGCGAGAUACCUGCUGUCGAAACAAUGACCCCGCAAUGCGUCAAGGUUCCUCACAAUAUGGAAAGGUCCCGCAUGAAGGCACAAAAGAGGGAACCAGGCUCUGCCCAGAACCAAGCCAAAAAAAAGACAGCAGGACAUCAACAUGCCCACUUGUACAUAACAUCAAAUCACUCACUUAUUUAAACAUCUUGUGUAUAGUUGGCUCUUUUCUAGUGUCACUUUCAUCUCGGUACAUUAAAGUGGAUGCUGCACAAGUGCACAUUCUUACAACAGUC